CAGGAAGGAAGGGAGGGAGGGAGGAAGGAAGGGAGGCAGACCUGGUGAUUUUAUUCUGUUGUUCUGACUUUAUCGAGGCUUAGACUUGAAAGGCCGUGGCGGUUCAUGACAGCUAGUCUGCUUUCCUUACCUUCCAGCGCGGGGAAAACAGGUUGCUGUCAUAAUCACUGAUUCCAUGAGGCAGGGAGGCUGGUAAGAUGCAAAAUGAUCCUAGAGCCUGGGGAGCCUCCAGGGCGAGGCCGGGGUGGGGGUAACAUAGGGUAAGAAUAGUAAAGACGGGCUUCCUGGAAGAGGUGGGCCCGUGUAGGAGCAGGGGAGAAGAGAGAGGAGGGCUUCUCGGAGGAGGAAGGCCCAUUUUAAGGCAGGAGCCCACUGGCCCUGUUUUCCCUGAGAGGAGUUGGGGUCCCUGUGCCGGCUGUGGUCCUGGACUCUAGAAGGGGCGCUGGACGGAGCUGGAGGGGGGAAGCCCAGCCUACUCGGGCUCUGGACUCUGCCCAGGAAUUUGCACUAAAAAGAGAAGACAGGCCAAAGGGCAAGCAGGUUGAAUUCAUUCGGUCCCCGUGGAAACAACACGCUUCUGUCCAUCUCCGAGAGUAACUCGUUCACCACAAAGAUCCGGAAGGUGCAGCACAUGGAGGACGACGCACCCAGACGAAGAGAGUCCAUCUCUCUCACAUUUGUGGCCAAUGGUCUGGAGAACAAGGGGGUUGAGCUCUUGGAAAGCCUGGAGGAAGGCCGGAUCCCUGGCCAUGACUCAGGCCCCGAAGAGGGUGGGGACAACCGGAACGAGGCCAGCCCAGAGCCCUUCUCCGGAUGGAGGAGCCUGCAGCCAGCCCUGAGGGCCACCAGACGCUUCUGCAGGGAGCACGCACAGCUAUUUCAAUGGAUCUGCACAGGCCUGCUCUCUACUGAUACUCACAGAGAUCACGCCUGUCACCUCAGUGCCUGCUUUGCGUUCGCUGCCUUCCUGCUGACUGCCGGCCUCCUGGAUUUCCAGAGGGCCCUGGCUCUCUUUGUCCUUACCUGUGUGGUCCUUACCUUCCUGGCCCAUAGCCUGCUGAGGAGGCUGCUAGGGCCCCGACUGCUGAGGUGUGUCAAGCCCCUGGGGCACUGCCGCCUGAGCUUCUGGGUUGAGAGGGGUCUGGCCCUCACUGCUUUCCUGGGUUUGAUCCUGUGGCUGAUUCUGGACACAUCCCAGCGACCUGAGCAGCUAGUGUCCUUUGCAGGAAUUUGCGUGUUCAUCGGUCUCCUCUUUGCCUGCUCGAAGCAUCACUAUGCAGUGUCCUGGAGGGCUGUGUUCUGGGGCCUUGGACUACAGUUUGUGCUUGGACUCUUCGUCAUCAGAACAGAACCAGGAUUUAUUGCAUUCCAGUGGAUGGGCAACCAGAUCCAGAUCUUCCUGAGCUACACGGAUGUCGGUUCCAGCUUCGUGUUUGGGGAGGCGAUGGUCAAGGGUGUCUUCGCAUUUCAGGUUCUGCCCAUUGUCAUCUUCUUCAGCUGUGUCAUGUCAGUUCUGUACUAUGUGGGCCUCAUGCAGUGGGUGAUUCAGAAGAUCAGCUGGCUGAUGCAGACCACCAUGGGCACCACGGCCACUGAGACCCUGAGUGUGGCAGGGAACAUCUUUGUGAGCCAGACUGAGGCUCCUCUGCUGAUCCAGCCCUACUUGGCAGACAUGACGCUCUCUGAAAUCCAUGCUGUCAUGACCGGAGGCUACGCCACCAUUGCUGGGAGUCUGCUGGGUGCCUACAUCUCCUUUGGGAUCGAUGCCGCCUCCCUGAUUGCCGCCUCCGUCAUGGCUGCCCCUUGCGCCCUGGCCCUCUCCAAGCUGGUCUACCCCGAGGUAGAGGAGUCCAAGUUCAGGAGCCCCGAAGGGGUGGAACUGACCUGCGGAGAUGCUCAGAACCUCCUAGAAGCAGCCAGCAGUGGAGCUGCUGUCUCUGUGAAGCUGGUGGCCAACAUCGGAGCCAACCUGAUUGCCUUCCUGGCGUUGCUGGCCUUCAUCAAUGCGGCCCUCUCUUGGCUGGGAGCCAUGGUGGGUGUCCAGGAGCUCAGUUUCCAGCUCAUCUGCUCCUACGCCCUGCGGCCUGUGGCCUUCUUAAUGGGUGUGGCCUGGGAGGACUGCCCAGUGGUGGCUGAGCUGCUGGGAAUCAAGCUGUUCCUGAACGAGUUCGUGGCCUACCAGGGGCUCUCCCAGUACAAGCAGCGCCGCCUCUCUGGAGCUGAGGAGUGGGUCGGCCCCAAGAAGCAGUGGAUCUCUGUCAGAGCAGAAAUCCUCACAACUUUUGCCCUCUGUGGAUUUGCCAACUUCAGUUCCAUUGGGAUCAUGCUGGGAGGCCUGGCCUCCAUGGCCCCCCGACGGAAGAGCGACUUCUCCCAAAUAGUGCUCCGGGCACUCUGCACGGGGACCUGUGUGUCCCUGGUGAAUGCCUGCGUGGCAGGGAUCCUCUAUGUGCCCCGGGGGAUUGCAGCCGAUUGCAGGACCCUCCUGAACGCGACCCUCAGUAACAGCAGCUUUGAGGUGUAUCAGUGCUGCCGCCAGGCCUUCCAGAGCACCAACCCAGAGGUCAGCCGAGGGGCUCUGGACAUCUGCUGUCGAUUUUACAACCACACGAUCUGUGCGUAGCGGGGACAGCCCGUCUUCGGCCUUCUGGGGGCCGUCCCCACCUUUCUCUCUCCAGGCCUGUCCUGGGGGAAGCCACGGGACUUAGACUCCCCUCAGUCACUCAGUUGGAAAGGAGUGAUGGGGUGAGCAGGCAGGUGAGAAGUGAGGGAUGCCCCCCAAUCCUUGCCCCCUUCCUGCUCCUUCUGGAAAUAUGAAUUCUCGGGGCCACCUCAGCCUCCUCUUCUCUCCCCUCCACAUCCCCACAGCACCCUGGUCUUCUCUGUCUCCCCACUGUGCGUCUCUCCUAUGCACCCUUCCCUCCAGUUAUGGGGUCCCUCCCCCUGGGCUUUGCAGCUGCCUCCCCCUUCUUCUGCUGGCACUUGAAUCUUGCCCUGGCUUGCCCUGGUCAGAUGGGUUCUCCUGGGAACCCUCUUUGGAGGUUCCCCUGCUGCCUUUGCCCACCGCACUUCCCAAACUGGUAUCCCAUGGAACACUGUCUCCACAAGGUGUUUGGAAGAUUCCAUGACUCACCAGGCUUGGAAAACACGGGGCUAAAUAAACUUAGAAGGGCUUUGCUUU